AUAUACCAAUAAAUAAACCCUCCCUAUAGAAACACUCAUGUCUUGCAACUCCUUACUCUCUCUGGCACCCUUUCUUUUCUUUCUUCCAUAUCUCCCCGCUCGCCCUCUCUCUCUCUCUCUCUCUCUCUCUCUCUCUCUCUCUCUCGCCCUGAAUAAGGGGAAAGCAGAGUCCAGGGAAGUUCAUGUCCAACCACCGGCUGUGAAUCUCUCUCUAUCUCUCUCUCUCUCUCACAAGGCUGAUUAUUGUUGUGUCUUUUAACUCUCUCUGCUCAGAGACUGGGGCGCAUUUGUUUUAUUUUGUGUUUCUUUGUGAAAGACCCAAAGCAAAUAACAGACAAUAGCCCAUUGUGGAGUUCUUGUAAUAUAACUUCUCUCUCUUGUUAGAAGCUUUUCUCUCGCAGAUCUAUUACCCAUCCUUUUACUCCUUUUAGUAUUGGACCCUUGUGUUUGUUUCAUUUGAGUUAGAUAUGAGUAAAGAAGAGUUCUUGAAGAUCCAGACUUGUGUAUUAAAAGUGAACAUACACUGUGAUGGCUGUAAGCAGAAAGUGAAGAAAAUCUUGCAGAAAAUUGAUGGUGUUUUCACCACCAAAAUAGAUUCAGAACAAGGGAAGGUAACAGUCUCUGGUAAUGUAGACCCAGCUGUACUGAUAAAGAAGCUUGCGAAGUCGGGCAAACAUGCUGAGCUCUGGGGUGCUCAAAAGGCCAACAACAACCAGAACAAUUUGGCUAACCAGUUUAAGAACAUGCAAGUGGAUAAUGGCAAAGGUGGUAGCAAAGACCAGAAGGGUAACAACGGCCAAAAGGGUAACAACAACCAGCCCAAAGGUGGUCAGCAAAACCAGCACCAACAGAACCAGCAGCAGCAACUCAACCAACAGAUGCAACAGCUGCUGCAACAACAACAAAACAUGAAAGCAUUCCAAGAUCUGAGUAAGCUUCCCCAGUUCAAAGACCUAAAAAUGCCUCCUAAUAACAACCAGAACCAGAAAGCUGUCAGGUUUGCCCCCCUUGAGGAUGAGGACUUGAGUGAUGACGACUUUGAUGAGUUGGAUGGCGAGGAUUUUGAUGAUGAGGAUGAUUUUGAUGACGAGCUGGAUGAUCCUCGACAUGCGCUUAGUAAGAUGAAGCCCAAUAUGCCCAGUGGCAACAUGAUGAUGAAUGGUUGGCCACCCCACCUCUUGAAUGCUCAAAAGGGUGCUGCAAAUGACGGUGGCAACGGUAAGAAGGGGGGAGGCGGCGGUAACGUAAAUGGAGCUGUGCCUGUACAAGCAAAUAUGGGUGGUGGUAAAAAAGGCGGUGGAGGCAGCGGCGGCGGUAAUAAUAACGGAGGAAAUCAGAAUCAAGGUGGCAAAAAUGGUGGUGGAAAACCACAAGAUGGCAAAAACGGUAACAAUGGAGGUGGUGGUAAUAACAAGAACGGUAACAACGGCAGUACUGGCGGUGCUGGAAAUGGUAAUAACAUGCAAAUGAACGGCGGUAAAAAGGGAAAUAACGGCGGCGGCGGCGGCGGUGCUGCUGCUAUGAGUGAUGCUUUUGGCGGUAUGGGUGGGCCCCAUGGUAAUAUGGGUCAAAUGGGUAACCUGAACAUACCCAUGGGUCAAAUGGGCAAUAUGCCCAUGGGCCAAAUGGGAAAAAUUCCUGCUGUUCAAGGGCUACCGGCUGCUGCUGCCAUGAGCGGCGGAGGCGCAGGCCCUAAUGGGUACUUCCAGGGAGCGGGGCCAGAUCUUAUGCCUGGUAAUCCAUACCACCACCAGCAGCAGCAGCAGCAACAACAGCACCAGUACAUGCAAGCGUUAAUGAACCAACAGAGGGCAAUGGGUAAUGAGAGGUUUCAACCCAUGAUGUAUGCUAGACCCCCACCAGCAGUCAAUUACAUGCCCCCAUAUCCAUUUUCAUACUCGUAUCCGCCACCACAUCCAGGUCCUGACCCGUAUACCAACUUCUUCAGCGAUGAGAACACCUCAAGUUGCAAUGUGAUGUGAAGGUUUUUGUGCAUGGAACUGGAUGCUGCUGUGGGGUUAUUGUGCUUAGCUUGUGGUGGUUCGGUUAUAGUUUGAUUUUAUUUCCUUUUUUUGGAUCUUCUCAAGGUCGAGUUUAUAGAUAAUAUAUAAAAGCUUUUAGGAGUA